AUGCGCCGGCCCUACCGGAAGCACAUCCAGCGAAUCGACGAGAUGGAGCGGAUCUUGCGCUUCCUGGUGGGCGAAAUCUCAGGCAUUGAAGGCUGCGAGAUCCUGAAGAACAAGGUGGAUGAGUUCAUGCGCUUCGAGGAUGCCUAUACACUGGAAGGGGUCGAGACCGAACUCCAGUCCUUGUACAAGCACUUCAUGAAGUUCAAGGAGAACAAUGUGAGCCUGACCAAUGAGCGUAAUCAGGCCGUUGAGGAGGCCGAGGUCGUGGCUGUGGCCAAGGUGGCGGCUGCACAGCCGGUGUGUGUGAAAGGAGGAAGGUAUGUUGGCGGGCUCCAUGGGCGGUCCCCACCUGGAUGUGGACGACGAGUCCUUCGAAGCGAGUGCCAAGAAACCACUGGUGGUGCCUUGGACGGGGAGGGAGAAGUGUUGAAGAGGCUUGGCUACCUCGCUGGUGUGGUGCCGAAGGUGGACGAGCAGCGCUUCACGCGAGCCCUGUGGCAGUUCACCCCCAUCAGCGAGACGGUCAAGGAUCCCAAGACAGGUCAAGAGGUGCAGAAGAGUGUCUUUGUCGUGUACUUUCAGGGCGCGGGUGGACCAAUGCAGCAGAAGGUCAUGAAGGUUUGUUCAGCCUUUGGUGUGAACAUGUACAACUGGCCAGUGAGUUCGGAGCAAGCUGCCUCGCGACACGCGCAGCUCAAAAAGGUUGUGGCUGAGAAGGACGCGGCGCUCAAGGGCUUUGCCGACUUUAUGCGCUCAGAGGCCCAGGACCUCUUGACGCCGCCCAGUCAUAGCCCGGCCGGUAAUUCCAAGAUCGAGGAGUGGCGGCUCUUUUGCAUCAAGGAGAAGGCCAUCUACAACAUCCUCAACCUGUGUUCCGGAGAGAUCGCUUUGAGGGUGAACGUGUGGUACCCCGCGACGGAAGAGUCCAAGAUCAUCGCGCUGCUUCAGAAGCUGAACGAGCCUCGGGCCGUCUCGGGGUGGGGUGAAUUCCACUUUCAUGCUAGCGGCUCAGAGUGUACAACAGAGUUGGAUGGUAGUGAGCCCUAUGGGGCUCAUGGAGAUGAAGAGAUCGACUUGGAAGCCUCCUGGCAGAUCAUGGGCACCAGAGAGGGCUCUCAGCAGGGUGCCUUCCUGACCCCGGAGAAGCAGGUGAAGUCGGUGGCUCCGACCUACAUCCGCGUGAACGACUUCACCGAGGGCUGGCAAGAAGUCAUUGACACCUAUGGCAUUCCCAAGUACCAGGAGGCAAAUCCGGCUCUCCUCUCAGUGGUCACCUUCCCCUUCAUCUUCGGCAUGAUGUAUGGGGAUGUGGGCCACGGCACCUUGUUGUUCCUCGCGGGGCUUUGGCUGUGCAAGAACGCCGAAUCCUUGCGCUUCAGUCAGCCGACACUGUUCAUGGUGCGCUACAUGGUGGUGAGCCUUGGUGGCUCGGCAGAGGGUUUCUUUGCCACCUAUGCGGGCCUCAUGUACAACGACUUCUUUUCGGUGGGUCUUCAGAUCUUCGAUUCCCGCUGGAAGGAGGUGGGUGAAGGCAUCUACGAGCCGGACUACGAUGCGCCCGGGCGACAAGCGCGAUCCAGUAACGAGCUCCUCUACGUGAACUCUCUGAAGAUGAAGCUCUCGGUGCUCUUCGGAGUGCUCCAGAUGACUGUGGGCUUGUUCUUGAGGUGGGGAAACGCCUUCUAUGAGAAGAACAUGACGGAUUUCAUUUGUGAGUGCAUCCCGAUGAUGAUCUUCAUGCUGUGCUUCUUUGGCUGGAUGGACGUGAUGAUCCUCUACAAGUGGGUUCAUCCCAUUGACAACCCUCCGAGCAUCAUCAACUCGCUGAUUUGCAUGGCGAUGGGGCAACAGGAUUUGUUCCCUCUUUGGGAUGGUUCCGUCGAGAUGGCCCAGAACCUCAUGCUGCCACUCGGCGAGAACCUGGUGCCGAUCAUGCUUUUUCCCAAGCCCUUUAUCCUGCUCUACCAGCACAACCAGACGAAGAAGGUCGAGACCAAUGUGCGAGCACUGUGGCGAGCGCGCGAUGGGAAUUUUGUGGCGAUCGAGGAGGAGCCAUCGAACAACCACCACGGGAGACGUCACCGAGCGCUUCAUGAGACUCGGGGUGAGCGCCGCGUGGAUCUUCGGAAGAAGUUGGCACCGGAGUUCGUGAUCUUGGGGAAAGUCCUGGCCGAGCUCAACGAUGAGGAUGAGGCGAACGCGGAAGGGUUUUCGGAGGACUUCAGCGAUGAGUGGGAGCCCAUGAACGAUGAUGAGGAGCUCCCAGCCUGGGCGACGGAGGUGGUGGAUCGCACAUCCGAGGGCUUCUUCAAAGACGGCGUGUGGCAAAGUGCCACGACGAUGGCGCGUGAGAAGGAGGAGCACCAACGAGGCAGAGAGAAGGUGACAUGGAAGAAGAACCGUCCAGGGCACCACGCACGCUACCAGCAACGCCGACAACAGCGGGAGAGCGAGAUGAAGCUCAGCAAGACACGUGAGCCACUGGCCGCCGGCAUGGUGAAACCCAGCGUGGAGACCGGGCGGAACGUCGCGAGAGAGGUGUGCACGCGACUGACGACGACCGAUGGAACUGAUGUGAUGCACGAUGUUGGCGGCGAGUUUGUGAGAUGUCACCGGAAGAUCAUCGAACAUCAACUCGACAGAGGCGCCCUCGCCGCCAUAGGCUGCCUGCCUCUCUUUCGAGAGGCGCCUGACCCGACAUCAGGCUUGGCUUCGACCACGACUCCGUUCUGGUCCUUCCUCCUGUGUGCUACGCUCUCGGCGGCUUCAGUCGAGGUAAGCCGUGGCAUUGGCCCUGAGCAGGCCACCAGCUGUUUCACUGAAUUCAACGGCUACCAGGUGGACUUGUUGGAGCACCCUCUGAUCAUCUUCCACCACGCGAUUCGGGACUCUGAGAACCCGCGCUCCUACCACCUGGCAGCGACCUUGGACGUCAAGAGUGCAAAGGUGACUGACGUCGCCUUCCUUUGGGCCCUUUGCUCGACCUACAUCGCGAUGGCCAAUGCGACGAUGUCCACGUCCGUCGGAGGUGAAGGCACACAGCUCUCCAACGACCUCUACAUGGAGAACUCCAGCCAGGACUAUGGAGAAGAGUGGCAUGACUCCUGGCAAGCAGAUGACUGGUCUACCUGGUAUGCUGAUGAUUGGCACACCGAUGACUGGUGGAACUACUAUGAUGACGCUGAGUAUGAGGAGUACCAGAUGGACCAUGAAUCUUGGACACCUACAGGUUCUGAACAGCAGUCCAGCGACGCCACUCAAGAAGUGCCCCCUUUGCCCUCGUAUUCUGCUUCUGCCAAGACAUUGUCCUUUGCCACCUACGUCAACAACACCACCAUGCAGGAGAACCAUGCAUGCUAUCAUGCCGUACGAGAAGAAUCCCAUCGACACUGGCCUGACCAUGCAUACACUUUCUGGCAACAGGCUACAGGCACCACCAUCCCAGAGCAGCAGCGGAGUACCCGCGAGAGUGAGACAGAGGCUGAGGAGACAUGCAAGAAGCCAAGAUCCAAGACAGUGACCUUCCAGAAUGAUGCAUUGCCAGAUGAAGUUGAUCCUCCACCGGAACCACUGGAAGACAACCUCAUGUACCACCUCCAAGAUCUUCCGCUAUAUCAAGGUGAUCAACUCCCAGAAGGAUUGAAUGAUGAAGAACGGAAGAAGCUCAUCAAGGACUACAAGGCAAUGCCAGAAGAGUUCUACACAAGGACGAACAGACGAAUGGUCACUCCCUCUUCAUUUCCAACCUGGUUUGCAGCAGCAAAGAAGCGAAAGACAAAGUGGCAUGUUUGGGAAUGGUGCUCUGGCUCAGGUCGAUUGAGCCUCACUUGCUGCCUGGCAUCCCUUGUGAUUGGCUUCCCGGUUGACUACCGCUACGGCUGGGAUUUGGGAAAUCCAUCACACCAGGCCAUGCUUCGUGACGCCCUAUACACCUUUGAGCCCGAGAUCCUGAUUGCCACUCCCAGAUGCAAGUUCUGGAGCGUUUCAUCUUCACGAAGAAAUCGCACUGACCUUCUCAGGGAUCGUGAAUCUGAACGGCCGACCUUGACCUUCAUCCAAGAGUCUUUCGGUUACCAGGUUCAGCAGAAGAAGUCCUACCUGAUGGAGCAACCAUGGAGUUCAUCCAUGUGGACUGAAAGCUUGAUGGUGCGCAACAAGGACUUUCCACAGUGGCAACGACCUCGGCGCACUGACCAAUGUGCAUUUGGUGCAGUUGAUGAGAAGAGGAUUCCGGUUCUGAAAGCCACUGGACUGGAAGCGUAUGGCUUCAAGCUGAAGAUGCCUUCUUCGAGCACGACACCACGAUGCUUGGAUGACCCAGCACACCCAGUUUCCACGCCUUGGAAUGAUUUCCAACGAGCUGCUCAUGGUCACAAAGGGCUGUCCACCGUUCAGCUGACCGUGCCAGUCAACUACAAGCUGGCAAAUGAAGAGACGGUGCUCAUCAAGCAUCUACUCUGCAUGAUUGUGGAGAUGAGCAUGAACGUGUUUGAAGAAGCCAAUGGAACUGAAUUCCAUCAUUGGAUUCGAGAUCCCAUCCUACUGUCGAACAGCAGAUCCUGCUUGAAAAGCUUCCUCUACGUGCUCGGAAUCCACGUGGCUCUUCACCCAUUCAGCAAAGCGUUUCCAGAGCCGGAGCUUUCGGCCGAGGCCGCGCCCUUGAGAUUGUGCUUUCGAGGUGAGUACCGAAAGUGGCGACUACAUCCUCUCGAGGAUCUCCGAGAACUUUCACCGAUGCAGCAACGCACCUUCCACUCCUGCUCCUGUGACACCAGCUCCAAAGAUGUCAGUGCCGAUGACUCCAAUGCCGGGGACACCUGCGCCCGGCACGCCUAUGCCCUCAGCAAGCGAACUAUUUUGAUUUGGCUAAAGAACACCACUGACUACGUCAAAGUUCAGAAAGAGGAUGACAGGCACAUGCGACUGAAGAAGGAAUACCAUGUCCAUUGGGACUCAAUGUGCACGCUGUACUUCCUCUACUACCCGAUUGUGACACAAGAGCCUCCACCUGUGAGUCAACCAGCAUCGACAAGCAGUGCACAGCCUUCUGCCAUCCAAGGUGACACACCACCAGAGGAGAUGGAAGUUGAAUCUACUUUGCCAUCAGUUCCCUCCAAGCGAAUGGAACCUGAAGUGAGAUCACCAGCAUUGGUGCCAGACAAGAAGCCACGCAUCUAUGAGGCCUUUCCCAGCUAUGACACCUACCAGACGCUGCAUACUCUCCAUUGGAUGCUUGAUCGUAAGAAGAUGAACCGACUUCGACUACAAGACUUCUGGGCAUCCACCAUGGAGAUUCCAAGAUGGAUGAAUGGCCUGACAAUGGAAGAAGUGAAUGUGCAUUUCUCCUGCCAAGCUGAUCAAGUUCGUCAACGACACGCCUCAUACCUGGUCCAUCAACCUGGAAGCCGCCUUCGGCAUGUUCAUUUGGAUCUGGCCCACGGAGGCAGCUAUCUUUCGUUGACGGAUGAGCUGAACAUCAAAGAAGAAGAGCUGGCAGAUCUCUGGCCAUUGGUCGAAGAAGCAGAUGCUAAGGAACUGGCACAGUUCGUCCAGGAGAAAGCAUUUGAGAAGGAGGCAAGAGUGAGCGGUCGUUUGCGCUACCUGAUCCUGGCUCCGACGGGAUCCAUGUUGGCAGACAGUUUGACCAAGCCCAUGCUGUCACUUCGAAUGAUGAUGUUUUUGAGCACCGGCUAUGUGGAAGUGGAGAACUCCGGUGACCACCGAAUCCUCCUCAGGAGACUCCCGACUUUGUCUGAACUACAGGAAGAGGAUUUGUUCAAGAGUGACAAGCAGAUCAAGGAUGAGGUGAAGUUGAAUGGCCGUGGAGUCACUUCAUGGAUGACUUUGGGUUUUGCGCCCUUUCCACGGUUGCUGCUGGCCUCAAUGAUGAUGUACUCAGUGGCUGCCCAGAGCGAUCAGCCCACAGAGCACCACGCCACCUAUGACUAUGGCGACCUCUACAUGUUCAUGAUGAUGUUGCUCUUUUACAUGACCAUGAGGUUCAUGGAGUACAUGUUUGUUUGGUGCACGAAGCCCACUGAAAAGCAGAAGAAGAAGCACCGAAAAGAGAAGGAAAGCGAUUCUGAGAGCGGAUCUGAGCGAGGCCCGGAAGUCGCAAGCGCUUCCAAUGCUGUCGUGAACCGAAGUUUGAAUUUGGAACCUCCAAAGCCGAGUACAGAGUUCCUAUGGUUCAGUACGACAGGAGAGAUCUUCAUCCAUCAGAUUAUUGAGACCAUUGAGUUUGUCUUAGGCACCGUCUCGCACACGGCCUCCUAUUUGCGCAUUUGGGCCUUGUCCCUGGCGCAUCAGCAGCUGUCCUUGGUGUUCUUCCAGAAGACCAUCACCAUGGGUUUGGAGAUGUCAUUCCCUUUGAACGGCAUCGUGAUUUACCUGAUGUUCGGCGCUUGGUUCGGCAUUACACUGGCAGUGCUGUUGGGCAUGGACGUCUUAGAGUGCUUCUUGCACACCUUGCGUUUGCAUUGGGUGGAGUUCCAGAGCAAGUUCUACAAGGCAGAGGGCCUCAAGUUCGCGCCCUUCUCCAUCCAGAAGCUGGUGACGCCUACGGAUGAGUAG